AAUCAGUCACCUUUAACGGGUUUCUUGUCUCACGAUGGAUCUUCAUUUGGCUGUGGUUUUCAGUCUUAUUUUAUGUACUCACUUUUUCCUUCGAGGUUCUGCCCAACAUCCAAAUGACUACGGAACYUAUCGCCAUUUUAUCGUUGUGUCAAAUCAAGGUAAUGAUACCGAAUCUUGCUUGAAUUCCACAUCAAAGGAAACUUCUAUUCAAAAUCCCUGCAAGACGCUCGACCACGCAAUCAGUGUCACAAUAAAAAAUGCCACCGUCAUUAUCCUGGAACCAGGAGUGUACUAUUUAUYCACCAAUGCUACUUUCGAGCAUGUGUCAGACUUUGGAUUAUCAGGGAACGGAAGUUUUGCCAAUGUCUUGAUCAACUGCUCUACAAAUGCGAGUUUUACAUUUGUUCGUAGUGGAGACAUAAAGAUUCGUGGAAUUUCGUUUUAUCGUUGCGGAAGUCUGCAUAAGAGUACGGUUGGCUCAGCGUUUGCARAAAUUCAUAAAGAUCACGUUCCAUUUUAUGCUGGAAUGUUCUUGGCCUACGUGAAAAAUGUGACCAUGGAAGACUGCAAAAUCMYCGAGAGCCCAGGAAUUGGUUUAUUAAUGUAUGAUGUUGGAGGUGAAGUCAACAUCGUGAGGUCAAUUUUCAGCAGCAACUCGCCUGACCCGGAUAAUAUUUGUUCACGCAAUCUAUCAUAUACACGAGCAGGAGGGGGAGUUUAUGUGGAGUUUACUUUCGAAGGUGCUCUUCCUCCAUUCGGAACAAACAAUACUGAACAACUUGCCUAUCAGAACGACAACAAUUAUAUAAUUGAAGGAUGUACUUUUGAAGAAAACUUGGCCCCCGAACAAUGUUUUGAGAACAAGAUUGAGUUCCCUUCGGGAAAUGAUCAUAUGCCAUUCGGUCGUGGGGGAGGGUUUUCACUAUUUGUCAAGGGUACCACCAUGAACAAUAACCUAGUGAUUCAAAAUUGCGCAUUCAAAAACAAUCAAGCUGUUUGGGGAGCCGGAUUUUUUGUGGAAUUCCAAGACAAAACACAGAACAAUUCCUUGUCUAUUACUGGAUGUAGGUUUUUAGGCAACUCUAAAAGCACCGCUGGAGGAGCUGUAAGGUCGGGGUUUGCUAUUUGGCCCGGCAAAGAAAAAUUUUAUCCUAACAAAAUUCUUCACGAAAAUUGUACCUACGAAAAUAACAUGGCAAUAUUUGGAGGGGGUGUUUCCCACUAUGGACCAUAUUUUCACCCAGUUGAUACAGAAGAUAACUGUCGAAAGGUCAUUUUUAGAAGGUGCAGGUGGACGAACAACAAAGCAACUCUAGGCUCAGCUAUUGGGCUUUCAACUGCUACAAUGGAUCUAGCUUUGAAUAAUAUUAACCCUAACUUCAAAGAACCCAUUCUUCCUUACAUUGUUUGCCUUGAAAACUGCAGUCUUAUCGGUAAUGAGAUCAUACGAACUGAAGACGACUUUGUUAUUGGUCAGGGCGCGCUUUAUACGUACUCCGUUCCCGUCUUUCUUCAAGGAUCAACCAAGUUUGACUCGAACAAACAAACAGCUCUGGUUUUAGAUUCGGCAAUUCUUAAAGUUUUCGGUAAUGCAUCAUUUACGAAUAACAGUGGUCUUCAAGGAGGUGCUGUUGGCAUGUAUGGCAUGUCUAUCAUUGAUUUGAUGCCGGCUUCAAAUAUGUAUUUCAAAGGUAACAAGGCAACUGGUAAGGGGGGCGCAAUUUACGUAAACGUCGGCGGUCCACCAGUUGUCGCCUUCAAUACAACCGAACUUAAUACCCAUGGAUGUUUUCUCUCGUAUAACGACACAAUCACACUUGAACAUGUUAACCAGUGGGACACGAAUCUCACGUUUGAAUCAAACGAUGCGUCAGAUGGUGGAGGGAAAUCCAUUUACGCAACCACGUUACAAGGCUGUCGCRAAGUGGGAGAKRAAAGGAUUAACAAUCAYUCYCUSCAGUGGRACUUUGUGAAGUAUAUAAACGAACAUGGCGGUCAAGGAAACAUUUCAGAAGAAAUAUCAACAGAUCCUAUUAAAAUAGAGAUCAUUGAGAAGGAAUGGGAACGAUCCCCAGGUGAGGAAUUUUCUGCAUCUAUUAAACUAAUUGAUGAAAAAGGAAGUCUCGUGCAAGGUGUUGUAAACCUAUCAAUAGAUUCUUCAGAUCCUAAUGAUGCUAGACUAGGUACCUCUUCACCACUACUACUGAUAAAAAACAUAGAACACAAUGAUACUGUAGUGUCUGGUCUGGUGUUGAAUGGGAAGAAUGGUGGCAUGUUCAAUUUGACUUUAAGAACGGUCAGUGGACAAACCAUUAGUAMAACGAAUAACAAAACCCUGAGACUCUCCGACUGUAACCAAGGAUUUCAUAUAAACGAAGCAGAAGGCGAAUGUAUUUGCUCGAAAAAACAGCUGAUUGGGAUUUCUAGGUGCAGUGAUGACAGGAAAACAGUGUACUUGAAGACGGGCUACUGGGGAGGUARUGUCCCUAAUGGAACAUUUGACACAUACUCGUGUCCACACGGACAUUGUAAUAAAAMUACAACUAAUACWRAAAAAAGAGACUUUCCACUUAAAAGAAAUCAACUGUGUGCARAGAAUAGAAAUGCAAACAUCCCMCUCUGUGGAGAAUGUCUMUCGAAUUAUACCGUGCKUSUGGGAAGUGAARAAUGUGUCGAAACGUCUCAAGAGUGCAGUGAGCAAAAUACUUGGCUUUUAUUAGUUUUCUUUUUAGUGAUGCUGGUAUUUGUGUUGCUGGUGCUCAAGAUAAACCUCGACAUCUUCACUGCUUAUCUGAACUCGUGGCUGUACUCUUAUCAGAUAAUGGGAUACCUUUUGCAGACGAAUACACAGCUCAAUGAUGAUMMAUUCAUAUCGUUUGUCAUUGGACUUGCCAACUGGAGACUCCAAGGAGUUGGUAUUUGUUUCUAUCCUGGAUUAACAAACUUCUACAAACUGGGCCUCAAUUAUAUCCUUCCAUUCUAUAUUCUUUUCCUUCUUUUGGUAUUGUCUAGGGUAGCAAGGUGUUUUCCUCGUUKGUACAUCGGCAGGAACGUAUCCCACGCUCUGUGCAAUCUGUUAGUGUUUUGCUAUACUGACAUCACCACAAUAUCCUUCAACAUCCUUCAUUACGUGAAGGUUGGUAGCAAAUGGGUGUUGUAUUCAGACGGGAAUAUCAACUUCUCUGACGACUGGAAAACACACUUGCCAUUCACGAUCCUUGCCAUCAUUUUACUGCUAUUUGUGGCUCUCCUCCCUAUCGUUCUGGUGUUUACACCUUGGUUCUCCGGGAAGUUUCCUUGUCUUAACGGAUACCUAUUAUUYUUCGACAUUUUCCAAAACUGUUUUGAAGACCAAGAGAAGCAGAGAAAUAAUCGUUGGUUUGCUGGCUUCUACUUCAUAUGCAGGAUCUGGAUUCUUCUUAUGGCGUUGUUCCUUCCUCUUGGUCCGUUGAAGAGAUCCAUCCUGGAAGCCUCUUGUAUCCUGAUUUUGGGCAUCUUUCUAUAUUUACAGCCCUACAAUACAAGAUACAAUUGGCUGAAUACUCUAGAUGCUUUGCUGUUGACAAACCUUUGCCUCAUCACCGUUUUCAGCUCAGCACUUAAUAGUGACGCUCGUGAUUCAACAUUCCUAAGAWUACAGAUCUUGGUCAAUGUUCUGGCAUACAUUCCUUUAGUAUAUCUGAUAACCUUGUGUUUGUUCCGAGGGGUUGCAUACUUCAGGGACGACWCGAGGACACAAGGGGAAAACAGCAGCAGCUUGCUAAGUGAUAUCACCGAGCAAAGUCCCACGUCUGCAGACUUUACAUAAAACUCUGAAAUUYAACAGCUGUACGAAUUAAGCUCAAGAGUACAAAGUCUUCUAUAGUAUCAUGAGACUCUUGGAAGAACGACAACGUCGGCCGGAAACUAAACCUACUAAACUAAACUAAACCGGACCCAAUUGCAAUAUAUGUAAAAAAGUGGAAUACUAACUUAUCAGUCAUGAUUUAACGUUUGAUAACWUUUGUGUUUGAAUUGCUCUGAUUUUAUGCAAUCGGCACCCUUAUGAUUAUUAGGGUGUAUUCAGAGGAUCCUAGAGUCACGGUGGCUUCAAGACCAUAGUACUUCAAAGUGGGAGGGAAUAAUGGACGGUGGUACCUCCUAUUCCAAGAGAAUGACUGUUAUACAAAAUGUGUUGUAUUGGUCGGUGGAACUAUUUUAAUGGCUCAUCAUUUGGUUAAUAAAAUGGUUGGAAUAUAAUUGAAA